AUGGCCUUCGCUUCACUGAGUAGCCAGGCCUUUCUGGCCUUAGCGAUGACGCUCGUCGCUGCGGCGCUGCUGGUCCCCGCCCGCCACGCGAUGGCCGCCGACGACAAGGCCAGGGCGCCAACAUCAGCCUACGACAGCGCCCUGCCGCCGUCGCCAUCGCCGCCCGUGAACAAUGGUGCGUCACCGCCGCAGUCGUCGCCCGGCGACAAUGCCGUGCCGCCUUCAGCCUACAGCAACGCCACUCCGCCGUUGUUGCCCCUCGUUCCGCCGCCGCCGCCGCUUCCCUUCGUCAUCGUAGAGGGCACCAUCUACUGCAAGAGCUGCAAGGGGAAGGGCUACAACACCGGCAUAGAUGCGUCGCCUCUGCAUGGGGCGACGGCGAUGAUGGUGUGCUACGGGCGGAAGGUGGUGAAUGCGACGGGGACGGUGACGGACGCCAACGGCUACUUCCUCAUCAUGUUCUACGACAUGAAGAACUUCAACGCCAGGACGUGCAAGAUGUACCUGCUCUCGUCGCCGACGCCGCAGUGCAGCAAGCCCUACUACCCGCCCAACCAGAGGAUCGGGCUCUCCCUGGUGAGGGAGACCAGGACGAUCCCGCCGGCGGGGCUGCAGGGCAUCUACACCCCCACCAGCGUCCUCUUCUACGCCCCCGCCGCCAAAGGCCAGUGCCCCUACUGA